AAUACCAACCAGUAUGGAGCGUGUCGGUGAACAGCGAACUCAGCGCUAACAUAUUGGUCUAAAUACUAUUGCUUAAGGGUGCUACUGUCAUAACUUACGACAAGAUUCAAGUGCAAAAAACAGAACAACAACCAGCUACCCUUAGUGCAUGCACAUAAAAAAAACGGCCCAUUGAAAAUUAGCGUUAGUUAACUAUGUAAUCGAUCUCCGGGCACCUCUUUCUCGAACAGUGUGGUAUCGAACGUUUAGUGAACUGGUAUCGCCACCAGCGAAAAUGGCUUCAUCAUCAGUGCAGUGUGUGGUUGAUUAGGCCUAAGCCCCUUAAAUGGUAAUCAGUAAUUUCUGCAUCCACGUGUGAGCUGAUACUGAAUGCACAACGCCAUUCAAGGACAAGAUAUUGUCAUUAAUAACAAAGAUGUCACGGCAUGUUAUCUUAUCUGUAUUGUAAAAUCAUGUAACACGGUAAAUCAAGUUAUCGAAUAGGAUCAAUAACAACGGGGAAAGAAGGGACCAAUUCAACAAAGGAAAUUCAAGCAGAGAGACAAUUUUACGAAAAGAAGAUCCCAAUAGUUCAAAAAGAUUGAUUGACUUACCAUAUCUGUAAAUGAUGGCUGCAGGGAACCAACCAACGGACAUAACACAGCUCAUAGAACAGACGGAGAGAACAGACUUUCUCUCGGGGACAGGACGGAACCUAAGGGAUGAAACUGAGGAAGACCUACAAGCAGUGGAAUCUUUCCUCGAGGAAUCUAAUCGUAGACUGUCCGUGAUAAAAGCUGAGAAAAUAUCUGAUAAUCAGAGACUAGUCACUUUCGACCUUGAGGAUGGAGCUGUGGAGGACAUUUGCGCCAGUAGGGAGCAAGAAGGGAGUGACGAAGAGAAAAAUGAAAAAGAGGAAAACGCCUUUCAGAUACUAAAACAAGCCCUGCAUGAUCUGAUCCACAUUCAAGACUUUCUCCCAUCGAUUGAAGCUUCUGGUGGGAGUAGGCCUCGAACCACGUCCAUGACAGACAGGUCUACAAGACUGGCGUCUACGUCACAGGCUCUUGAAAGUGGGGCGUAUAAAGUACCUUCCACUCCUAACAACGUUCCUGUCUCCCGGACAUCAACAAAAGUCAUGACUGACAUCAAUUCAUUAGAAGUAGAACUUGCUAAAUUGUUGACUAUGAGAGACUCACUCGACUACCGCCCAGCAGCUCCAACAGACAAAGAACCGUUUCCAGUCCCAGCGGCACCACCAUGCACACCAGCAACAACUUCCUCUAAUCACCCUCUGUCUCCGACAGAGAUCUACAACAGAGGUCACAGAACCCAGUCACUACCAGGAAACACCAUGCCCCCGCCCAAACCGCCCCGAUCUUUCCACCAAACGCAACAGGCCGCCUCCUCAUCCAAAAGUCACGCUGAAGAAGAGGCGGGGAAAAACCACCUCCUGAAAGGUCCACCCAAACCCCCGAGACUAAAUUCCACUUCCUCGAUUGACAAGCUGAAAAUUCAAUUGGCUAAGAUGUCCAGAUCCAUGGGCAAUCUGUCAGUUCUGGAGGAGUCCCAAGAGUCGAGUGCUAAGCCUACUAAGCCUUCGUCAUCAGGAUGCCUCGAGGUUGAUGACAAGGACCUGUGGAGGAGGGCCAGUGGAAAUAAGGUAGAGAAUUUCUUUUCAAAGUUUUCCGCCAAGAAAAAGACCAAAAGGUCCAAGAGCAUAACUAUUAGCUCUCCGUCUGACUUCAGACAUGUGUCUGGAAGGUCAAGAUUACCUGAGCUGCAAACAGAAAAUCUUCCUCCACCAAAAGCAGCUACUGAAGCACAACCAGAAACACCUGAAACGACAGAAGUUUCAAUUACAGUUUCUAGAAAGACCUCUGACAGUGAAGUAUCUUCUGCGACGUCUCAAACUGCACCAGGGGCAGCUGAGGUUUCUGAAGAAACCUCUCGAACUCAAGCUGACCCAACUGAAGCACAAACAGAUCAGCUUGACAGUACAGCAGAUAUAACAAGAAUAUCUUCAAAUGCAACUAUAAGUACUAAUGAGUCUACUGAUGUGCCUGUGCCGAGGCAAGAAUCUAUUUUAGGGGACCAGAAGUGUGCCCUACAUCUCAGCAUGAAGUAGAGAAUGAGGUGGCCCCUUAAUCUAAUUUUUAUACUGCAGCUGAAAUGACAAAGAAGUCAUUCACCUUUGCCUCAAAUAAAGGCAGAUAUGCUGAUAGAAAAAGAGCAAAGUUUAUAACCAUAACAUGCUUAGGCAAAACAUGUACAUAAAAAACAGAUGUGCUUUUUUUAGGAAAGCUGCACACAUUCAGAAAUAUUUUGAAGUACCAUCACUGUUUACGAACGACACAACAACAGACAAGAAAAUCAGACUGUAAAAACAAACCAAAGCAAAUAAAAUAUUUCACAAGGAUAAAACUACACAAGGAAACGAUCUUUCUAAGAUCUAAACACACUAGCCCUAUAAUAAAGUAAGUUUAUUACGAAGAGAAGUAUGGAAAAAGUGGCAUUAAGCUAUACAAAUGUGAGGAGGUUUCAAAGGUUUUGGAGAAAUCACCUUAUCAAGAAGAAAAUGGAUGAAAAACACCACUGUAUAUAUUUGUUAAAGAAAAUACGAAAUAUUCAUAUACCUCGAACUCACAUGCGUAGCUUCUCAGCAACACAGAAGUCUAAAGUGACCAAUGAAAAAUAAUAAUAGUUAACGAAAACCUUAUGUAAACACUCCAAGUAUCAGGUGUUUACGAGACAAGGAUAAUGAGUAGACAAGUUUUGCAAAAAAAAAAAAAAAAAAAAAAAAAAGCACGAGAGAAUAAAUAAAUGAAUCCAAUGAAUGAAAAAUGAAAUUACCACAUAGAUGAGGGUCAGGCCUGAAGAUGUAUGAAGUGGAAGAUGUAUAGGGUACAAAAGGUGUUCACUUAAGUUGUCAAGCGUUUUCUAACGUAUUUACCUAUCCCAAGAAACCGUAACGAGUUGAUCGUGUAUUUUCUUCAAUAAAAACUUGGCCACAGAAAA